GACCACCACUCCUUCACUUACAACUAUGAACGCUCUCCGUACAGCAGUCCGCCAACAGGCACGCCGGAUGUUCUCCACAACCCCUUCCCGCUCAACCGACAUCUCAAAGCUUAUCCUUGUCGGACGCCUGGGCGCCGAGCCACAGGUCAAGCUCACGCGUAACGAGAAGGAAUACGUGAGCUACGUGGUUGCUACUACCAACUAUCCCGGUCCUUUGGGGGAAGAUGGAGUUCGCCCAGAACCGACCACAAGCUGGCACCGGGUCCUUUCGUUCAACCCGAACCAGAACGAGUACCUCAAGAACUUGCAGAAGGGCUCUCAGGUGUACGUCGAGGCGAACUACGAGACGCGUGAGCCGCAGGCAGACGCUGAGCCUGGGACGCCCGCUGCUCAGAGGCAGAUCUUCCUCAGACAUGAGACGCUGAGAGUGCUGAGUCGUCCUAGGCCGGCGGAGAGCUGAAGAAGAGUUGAAUACGUACGGACUGCAAUGCCCUUUGAUAUUGUUGGAUAAUACUCUUCUCUCCUCGUUGUGUCUCCUCGUAGCUUUUGGAACCCGAAAUACUUUACAAAAUAUUCAUUGUCG